AUGACGGGGGCUCCGCCGUACAAUCCCCAGUCCCCUUCCCAGCAACCCCAUUAUCCCGCCUACUCGCCUCCGAGCAAGAACCGCCCUUUCUACCCCAACAAUGAUCAAUACCAGCAACACCCUCCCCAGACACCUCCCGCCUUUCCGCCUCAAUCUUCCCUGUCGAGGAGCCCACACUACUCUCAUGCCUCGUCUCCACUGCCCGCCGCACUUCCGCCUUUGAAGGGUAACGCGCCUGCGCCUCAUCCGUCUGAUCCUUCUUCGCAAUACCAGCCACACUCAUCGGCCGGCGCACCACCUCAGUAUCUUCCCCGACCGUAUUCAGGAUCCGUUCUAUCGGGAAACGGUGCUUCUCCUUACAGCCAUUCACCUUCAUCUCACCCCCAUCCCUCAGGCCGCCCGGAGAGCCAUCCGCAGUUGUCUCCUAAGAAGGAGGCGGCCUCCUCCCCCUACUCCCUGGGGAGUCAUAGCUAUUCGUCCAUGGCGCGGGAGCCGAGGACAGCCUCCCCUCCGAAGGAUUUAAAACCGGCUCGAGCUGCAGAUCCCAUGUCUUUCGCAAGCAUCCUUUCUGGACCGGCUGAGGAAGCGCCUCCGAAGAGACAAUCGCCCCCCGCCGAAACACCCCUUCCUGUACCGACGCCAUCCGAACCCACCCUCAGAGCCCGCUCACCCGUGUCUAUUCAGGCCUCGGUCUCUCAGCCGAAGAUCAAGGAACAGGAAGCAGACACCUCUCCCGGCCUUUCCUCAAUCAAAGCAGACAAGAGACCUAGCAGCACGGAAAGGCGUCGCCGGACGGGUGAAUUUGAGCCGACAGUGUCGACCCCUACCAACACCAACGGUCUUCCAACCCGUGCCGCCCCCGCGCGAAAGCUUCUUUCCGAACGUGACAACGAGGCUGUCAAUAGGUUAAUGGCCGAGAUCGACAACGCCGAUAAAAGUGAUGUGGAGGCGCCGGGCUUCGAAGGAGAGCUGGAACGCUACGAGGCUCGGGGUAGGAAAAGAGUUAUCGAUGCGGAAAAGGCCGAGAGUGUCCGACGCAAGCGCCGCCGAAACGACUUCUUGAUCAAACUGGGUAAAACUUUUGAGAAGCAAGCCACUGCUGGCAUGGAUCGCUUCAGGAAUGCGAAUGAAUCCUCGGUUAUCGCCGAAGUUCAGGCUAAAGAGAUACAGGAUGAGAAAGAACGCAAGAAGGACAUGCAACGGAAGCGACGUCGAGAGAACACCGUGCGCCUAGAAAUGCAAAAGAAAAUUGAGGCCGAGCAAAAAGCCAACAAGGCCCAAGACUCCGCUGAAAAGGCGAAGUUCCUCCGCGAAGCCGAACGGGCCCAGCGUAAGAUCAAGAUCACCAAACGAGCCCUGGAUGGUGUCACAGCACCCGAAGAAAUUGGCGAAGUUACCCCGUUGGCUCCGAACCUCGAAGGUGGCACGACCAGCUCCUUUCACAUCGGCCGCUCCCCGUCCAGACGUAAAUCUGGUCGCGGUGGCCCCGUCACGCGUCCCAAAAAGUCCAAGGAACAGAAACAGGCCGAGAAGGAUGCCGCGGAAGCCGCCUAUGCCGCCAUGGAGAACGAGGAGCUUCUACCAAUUGCACCCAAAGACGACCCCAGGAAAGAAACCCUCAAGAAGGAGGCCAAGGGCAGCCGUUCCAAGGAGGCUACGCCUACUCCUCUGUCUGCUUUCGAGACUAAGGGUUACAAUCAGAUCUACGAGCAGAUCUGGCGAGACAUCGCCCGCAAGGAUAUUCCCAAAGUCUAUCGCAUCAAGGCCCUCUCGCUCAGCACGCGCCAGGAGAAUCUGCGCAAGACUGCUCAGCUGGCCAGCAAGCAGUCUCGCAAGUGGCAGGAACGGACCAACAAGAGCAUGAAGGACACCCAAGCUCGCGCCAAGCGUACGAUGCGUGAGAUGAUGUCGUUCUGGAAGCGGAACGAACGUGAGGAGCGUGACUUGCGUCGCUUGGCCGAGAAACAAGAGAUUGAAUCGGCCAAGAAGGCUGAAGCUGAGCGUGAAGCCAACCGCCAGCGGCGUAAGCUCAACUUCUUGAUCUCACAAACCGAGCUGUACUCCCACUUUAUCGGUCGAAAGAUCAAGGGCGCCGACGGCGAUGAAACCGGGGACACGGCGGUGGAAGGCGGAGAUCAGACUGCUCAGCCCGACAAGAGUAUCGACGACGUGGGCGCCAAAGUCACCAACUUCGAAGACCUAGACUUUGACGCUGAAGAUGAAACCGCGCUGCAACAGGCUGCCAUGGCCAACGCGCAGAACGCCGUCCAGCAGGCACAAGACCGAGCGCGUGCUUUCAACAACGCGAACCAGGACGACCCGAUGGCAGCCAUGGACGAGGGUGAACUGAACUUCCAGAACCCAACCAGCUUGGGUGACAUUGAGAUCUCCCAACCGUCGAUGUUGACUGCGAAACUCAAGGAGUAUCAGCUGAAGGGUCUGAACUGGCUGGUCAACCUCUACGAGCAGGGUAUCAACGGCAUUCUAGCAGAUGAAAUGGGUCUCGGUAAAACCAUCCAGUCGAUUUCGGUCAUGGCCUACCUGGCCGAGGUCCACAAUAUCUGGGGGCCGUUCCUGGUGAUCGCGCCCGCAUCAACUCUGCACAACUGGCAGCAAGAAAUCACUAAAUUCGUCCCCGAUAUUAAAGUCCUACCCUACUGGGGUUCGGCCAAGGACCGCAAGAUUCUCCGCAAGUUCUGGGACCGAAAACACAUCACUUACACCAAGGAAUCGGAAUUCCAUGUUCUGGUUACCUCGUAUCAACUGGUGGUCCUCGAUGCACAGUAUUUCCAGAAAGUCAAGUGGCAGUACAUGAUUCUUGACGAAGCUCAGGCGAUCAAAUCGUCGCAAAGCUCGCGGUGGAAGAAUCUCCUUGGCUUCCACUGUCGAAACCGUCUCCUGCUCACGGGUACGCCCAUUCAAAAUAACAUGCAGGAGCUGUGGGCCCUUCUCCAUUUCAUCAUGCCGACCCUUUUCGAUUCACACGACGAGUUCAGCGAGUGGUUCUCAAAGGAUAUCGAGUCCCAUGCGCAAAGUAACACGAAACUCAAUGAGGACCAGCUCAAGCGUUUGCAUAUGAUCUUGAAGCCCUUCAUGCUGCGUCGUGUCAAAAAGCAUGUGCAGCAGGAACUCGGAGACAAGGUGGAGAAGGAUGUUUUCUGCGACCUCACCUACCGCCAACGGGCCUACUACAGCAACCUGCGCAACCGCGUGAGCAUCAUGGACCUGAUCGAGAAGGCGGCCAUCGGCGACGAGGCCGAUAGCACGACCCUGAUGAACCUGGUGAUGCAGUUCCGGAAGGUCUGCAAUCACCCCGACCUCUUCGAAAGGGCCGAGACGAAGUCGCCGUUCUCUCUGGCGCAUUUCGCCGAAACCGCCUCGUUUGUGCGCGAAGGACAAAAUGUCGACGUGGCCUACUCGACCCGCAAUAUGAUUGAGUACCCUCUGCCGCGUCUCCUCUGCGGUUCGAGUGGUCGGGUCGACAUGGCGGGGCCGGACAAUGCCCAGGCAGGUUUCCGCGGUAAGUACCUAGAUCACUUGAUGAACGUCUUUGCGCCGGAAAAUAUCAAGCAGAGCGCCAAGGACGACGGUGCCUUUUCCUUCUUGCGCUUCGUCGACACGUCGAUCGGGGAAGCUUACGAGCAGUCACACCUCGGCGUCUUCGAGCGUGCCGCUCGCCGUCGUGGCCUGGCGAACCGGCUGUCUCGGCUCAACGUGGUCUACGAUGAAGAUCGUGACAGCAAAGCGGCACCGGUGCUGCCUCACACGAUGUUUAACAUUGUCCAGCGCAAUGAUCGCGGUGCUGUUCACGACAUCACUCCGGAGGGCUACAUGCGGGACCUCUUGACCGUUUCGCGGUCGACAUUCGAGCGAGAGGGACUGAAUACCAUCGAACCUUGCGUCAGUCCGGCCGCUUCUGCGCCUCCCGUCACUCUCGCGGCCUCCAGCCGAGGCCCUUUGCUGGAGAUGAGGGACAGUUUCUUCAACGUGCCUGUGCGCCAUGCUCUGAUCCCGGCUCCGUCGAGGCAAUUGGAUCUGCAGAUCGUGGAGCAGAAGGUCGAUCCGGCCCCGUACUCACAUGCCCCCAUGCUGCCGGACCCGAUCUCGGCCAAGGGACGGUAUACCCACAUCGAGGUUCCUUCUAUGCGGCGGUUCGUCACGGACUCGGGCAAGCUGGCCAAGUUAGACGAGCUGCUGCGCGAGCUGAAGGCGGGCGGUCACCGGGUCCUGCUCUAUUUCCAGAUGACGCGGAUGAUCGAUCUGAUGGAAGAGUACCUGACGUACCGCAACUACAAAUACUGCCGACUAGAUGGAAGCACCAAGCUAGAGGAUCGUCGCGACACGGUGGCUGAUUUCCAGCAACGACCGGAGAUCUUCGUCUUUCUUUUGUCCACGCGUGCAGGUGGUCUAGGUAUCAACUUGACGGCCGCCGACACGGUCAUCUUCUACGACUCGGACUGGAACCCUACGAUUGACUCGCAAGCGAUGGAUCGGGCGCAUCGUCUCGGCCAGACCCGACAGGUGACGGUGUACCGUCUGAUCACGCGCGGAACGAUCGAAGAGCGCAUCCGGAAACGCGCGCUGCAGAAGGAGGAGGUGCAGCGGGUGGUUAUCUCGGGUGGUGCCGCCGGCGGGGUUGACUUCAACACGCGCAACCGGGAAAGCCGGACCAAGGACAUUGCUUUGUGGCUGGCCGACGACGAGCAGGCGGAGCUGAUCGAGCAGAAGGAGAAAGAAGCAGCGGACCGCGGCGAGGUGUUUGGGUCCAGUAAAGGUGGAAAGAAGGCGGCGCAGAAGAGGAAGCGUGACAUUACGCUGGAUGAUAUGUAUCAUGAAGGCGAAGGAAACUUUGACGAUGCCAGUGCCAACGCCAGCGGGAACGCCAGCGGAAAGCCGUCCGGGGCGGUCACGCCCGUGUCGACGGCGGAGAACGUGGGCACGCCGUCGUCCACGCCAGUGCCCAAGCGUGGCCGUGGACGCGGAUCGGGCAAAGGCACGUCGAAACGAGCCAAAACUAUGAAGGAACGAUUACGUCUGAUCGAUGGUGAUGGCGGGUUAGGACCCAGUUAA